GAGAGAUGGAGGGAGAGAGAAGGACCAGAGAGAUGGAGGGAGAGAGAACGACCAGAGAGAUGGAGGGAGAGAGAAGGACCAGAGAGAUGGAGGGAGAGAGAACGACCAGAGAGAUGGAGGGAGAGAGAACAACCAGAGAGAUGGAGGGAGAGAGACGGACCACAGUGGGAGAGACCCAGACCUCCCGGAGCCAGCAGGGGGUUCCCCUGGCUCUGCCAAGCCCACCAGGAAGACUCGUAAACCGGACCGGGAGAUCUAUCAGCCGGGGGGCCGAAGGAGCACCACCAGCACCCAGGGGAAGGAAGUGGGAAGAGAGACGAAGAAACCGAAUACCCCUGGUCCUGGGUCUGGUUCUGUUAGAGAGGAGGCUGUAGUCAAGAGAGAGCCAGCCCCACAAAAAGAGACUGGAGGAGAGAGAGGCGGAGUGGAGGAGAAGGGGAGAGGUGGCAGGUGUGAGGAGAAGGAGAGAAGGCAGGGGAGGAAAGAGACAGGCAAAGCGGCAGCAGCAGUCUCAGACCCUGUAUCAGAGAACCUGACUGGGAAGAUGGAGAAACUCAGUGUGACUGUCCCAGCCGGGAGAGAGGAGGAGGAUGAGAGAGGAGGAGGAGAGAAAGGACAGGGUCAGGAAGUAGACAGGAGGAAGAAGGCUAGCGUUGAGGGCAGGAGGAGCAGAGGAGUUGAGGGAGGAGGAGCAAAUGGAGGUGAGAAGACAGAGGAGAAGAAGAGAGAGAGGGGAAACCGCAGGAACAGAGGAGGAGGAGGGGAGAAGGGGGGCAAUCAGGACUCCAAGAGAAGAGGAAGAGGGGAAGGAGGAGGGGGGAAGGGUGAGCGAGUGAUUAAAGAGAGAAAUAAGAGAGAGUCAGAGGGGGACAAAGAGGAGGAAGCAAACCAUCCUGCAGAUACACAGCCAACAAAAGGAAGAGAAAAACAGAGGGAUAAAGAGACGGAAAGAGAGGAACCGAGGGACAGGGAGAUGGAGAGAGGGAACAACAGACCCCGAGACAUAGACAGAGAAAGAGAGGAACCGAGGGAUAGGGAGAUGGAGAGAGGGAACAACAGACCCCGAGACAUAGACAGAGAAAGAGAGGAACCGAGGGACAGGGACAAGCAGAGAGGGAACAACAGACCCCGAGACAUAGACAGAGAAAGGGAUGGAGAGAUGGAGAGAAACAGAGAGAGGCCAGCGGAGGGGAAUGAGAGGAGCAGAGCCAACACAAAUCCUAACAACAACCACCACCACCCAUCAUCAUCCUCUAAGCGUUACUCCAAGUCAGACAUCAGAAGACCCAGGAACCGCACCUACAGCACCAGCUCUGCCAGCAGUGGCACCAGUCUGGACGGACCUGGACUGGGACAGGGAGGGGGUUUGGGGGAGGACAGGGCCCGACGAGACCGGUUGGGGCGCAGGGAGCGAGAGAGAGGGGAGGGAGGAGGAGGUCAGCUCCAGAACAGGAGGAGAAGCACUAGAGACUCCUCUACUGACUCACUGGAAGAGAGCAAGGUGGGAGAAUGGAUGGAUGAGAGGAGGAGAAGGAGUAGAGAUGGAGGAGAGGAGGUCUGGAGCCCGGAGAGGAGGAAGAGGGGGGAGGAGAGCAGAGGGACAGGAGGGAGGCACAGAGGAGGAGGAGGGAGAGGAGGUCUCCUGAGAAUAUCUCACAGUGACAGACAGUCAGGCUCCUCCCAGGCUACCUCAGGCCCUGGCGAGGACCCCCAGGGGCGACGCAGACAGGGCAGCAGCAGGGGGAGGGGCAUCCUCAUCCUCCCCGCCCACACCAACCUCUCCAAUUUGCCGGCGGAGGCCGGGCCGAGGCUUCUGUUUGGUGGGAUCCGUGGAGGAAGAGAUGCGGGGCUAGGGAGAGGAGGAGGAAGGGGCGGAGGAACUAGGCGUCUCUGGGACCCAAACAACCCCGACCAGAAACCCGCCCUCGGGCUCUCCCAGCAUGCAUCGCACCAGCAGCAGCCCAUGUACCUGCAGACAAGCGUUGGUUACGGAGCGCUGCACUUCCUGGAUACAGAUGACGAGGCUGCAGGGAGUCCCCCGGUCCGCCAGGGGGAGCACUUCCACCUCCAGCAGCAGGCUGCAGCCAUGGCCCAGGCCUUCUACAAGUAUCAGAACUCUGACAACCCUUACCCUUACAACGCCAACCCUAACCCCAACACACGCUACCCCUACCCUUACCACACUAUGCCCGCCGGCCCUUACCAGAUCCCCCCCUCUAACGACAUGUACCACCCGGGUCAGUUCUACGGGGGGUACAGGGGCCAGGGGUACCCGGAUGGACCCGAGGCUGUAGCAGGGGGUGGAUCCGGAGCAGGUGUAACCCCUGAGGAGGCUGGGCAACAUGCCAGAGGAGAGCUGGGGAGACUGCUGAGAGCUGCAGACAGUCAGGAGUUACAGCUCACUAACCUGUUGUCUCGAGACAGACUCAGUGCUGAUGGACUGGACCGCAUGGCUCAGCUCAGAGCUGACCUGUUGACCCUGUACGAGCGUGUGAUCCUAACAGACAUAGAGUUCAGUGACAGCCAGAACCUGGACCAGGCUCUAUGGAAAAACGUGUUCUACCAGGUUAUAGAGCGCUUCAGACAGCUCCUCAAAGAUCCCAGUGGAGACUCAGCUCCGCGCAUCACCACCAUGCUACUGACACUGCUGGACGAGGGGGCAGUAUUCUUUGAUGCGCUGCUGCAGAAGCUUCAGAUGGUGUUUCAGUUUAAACUGGAGGAUUACAUGGACGGCAUGGCCAUCAGACCACGACCACUACGCAAAACGGUGAGGUAUGCUCUGAUCAGUGCCCAGCGGUGUUUGAUCUGUCAGGGGGACAUCGCCCGUUACCGGGAGCAGGCCAGCGACUCGGCUAACUACGGCAAGGCCCGCAGUUGGUACCUGAAGGCCCAGCAGAUUGCUCCUAAGAACGGACGACCCUACAACCAGCUGGCCCUGCUGGCUGUCUACACGAAGAGGAAGUUGGAUGCAGUGUAUUAUUACAUGCGUAGCCUGGCGGCCUCCAAUCCCAUCCUCACUGCCAAGGAGAGCCUCAUGAGUCUGUUUGAAGAGGCCAAACGCAAGGCAGACCAGAUGGGGCGGAGGCAGGAGUUAGAGGGGGGUUCCAGGGGCCCGGGGGUCCAGGGUGGAGGAAGAGGACGGGGGGAGCCGGGGGCCAGAGUAGAGAUCUGGCUUCGCCCUGUCGUCCAGGCAGGGGCUCUCUCAUCGCACCGCGGGGGCAGCGAGUCCAGCAGAGACUCUGAACAGGACGGAGAGCUCGGCAACCUCAGCGCUAGUGAUCUCAAUAAGAGGUUCAUACUCAGCUUCCUCCACGCUCAUGGAAAACUCUUCACUAAAGUGGGCAUGGAGUCGUUCCCAGAGGUGGUCAGUCGUGUUCUCCAGGAGUUCAGAGUGCUGAUCCAACACAGCCCCUCCCCCCUGGGCAGCACACGCAUGUUACAGAUCAUCACCAUCAACAUGUUCACUAUACACAACGCUCAGAGCAGAGGAGGAGAUGGUGAGGUGAGGUCUGUUUUACAGGAGCAGACUACAGCUCUGGGUCUGGCCAUGUUCUCUCUGCUGGUCCAGCGCUGCACAGAACUACUGAGAGACACACCUGCAGAGUCCAUCCCAGAGGAGGAGAGAGAAGAUGGGGAUGAGUGGGAGGAGGGGAUGGUGAGAGUUUCUGCCUUCCCAUUGGACCUGAGGGAGCUGCUGCCCAGCGUUAAAGUCUGGUCUGAUUGGAUGCUUGGACACCCCGACCAAUGGAAUCCUCCGCCUUGUAGUAUAGAUGGUUGUAGCUCUGGUGUGUGGCGUAGCUUGGCCGACCUGUGUAAUGCGUUGGCUCGUGUCGACCACGGGGAAGCGCCGCUGUACAAGGCAGACGGGGACGGAGGCGAGGGGGAUGAGGAGCUCCGCCUGUUGCUAUUGGAGGAAGACAGGCUACUGGCCGGCUUCGUCCCGCUGCUCGCCGCCCCACAGGAACCCUGCUACAUAGAACUCACCAGGGAUACCGCAAUAGCAGCAGACUGUAAAAGGGUAACAGUGUUGAAGUAUUUCCUGGAGGCUCUGUGUGGACAGGAACAACCUCUUCUGGCCUUCAAGGGAGGGAAGUAUGUCUCCAUGGCAACCUCUCCCCAACCCAGCAGCCCCGGCGACGCCCACAGUCGACACGACUCACUGACCGAGAGAGAGAGCGAUGACGUCAUCGUGGAGGCGGAGUCGUCUGUUUCCGAGGGGGAUGAGGGCGGGGGCAGCGAAGAUGACAUCAGAGAGCUCCGGGCCAGACGCAGCGCCCUCACUAACAGACUGGCUCAGCAGCAACGACGCAGGGACAAGAUACAGGCGGUGUUACAGACGUGUGGUCAGUUGGAGUUAGAGGUACGUCCUCUUUUCCUGGUUCCAGACACCAAUGGCUUCAUCGACCACCUGACUGGCCUCAAGACACUGCUGCAGUCUGGAACUUACAUACUGGUGGUGCCCCUCAUAGUGAUAACAGAGUUGGAUGGUCUGGCGAAGGGUCAGGAGAGCUGCGGAGGCUCUGGUGGUGGUCAUGGCGGCGGUGGUUCCCGUGGUAACCCUGGCGCAACUCAUGCGCGGGCGGUCCAGGAGAAGGCCAAGGUUGCCGUGGCGUUUCUGGAGCGAGGGUUCGAGGCCAGAGAGCCCUGUCUCAGAGCGCUGACCAGCAGAGGAAGUCAACUGGAGUCUAUCGCCUUCCGCAGUGAAGACACCUCCGGACAACAGGGGAACAAUGAUGAUGUCAUCUUGUCCUGCUGUCUCCACUACUGCAAAGACAAGGCUAAGGACUUCAUGCCUGCAAAGAGAGACGGUCCGGUGCGGUUGCGUCGGGAGGUGGUUCUUCUGACAGAUGACCGUAACCUGCGGGUCAAAGCCCUGACCAGGAAUGUGCCGGUCAGAGACAUCCCCGCAUUCCUCACCUGGGCCAAAGUGGGCUGAACUGGGUCACACCUUAGACCACGCCCAGAGCACCCAAACAACCAAUCAACUGCUGAGAACCGCUGGCCACCUCCCAUACCAUCGGAGUGGAGGAGGAGCCUGUAAGCUAAUGCAGAAGUGAAGACUGAUGGAGAGAAGGAGAAGAAAGCUUUUUUUGUGGAAAAAUGAAAUAUGGAAACUAAAAAGCAUUUUUUUGUUGUUGUGUGGAAUGAGUUGAAAUAGGCUGAGAUCUUUUUACCCUCUCAUUGUGAUGAGGUGUGUGUGUUUGCCGCUGAGCUCAGGGAGCGGGAGGGAGGAGAGGAGCAGGGAGAGUUUUAAGAGAUGCAGGAAGGCUGGCCCAUGAAGAGAUGUAGAAGACAGAAGGAGGAGAGGUAUUUGUGUUCAUUUCUGGUUUCUUCGGUCCAGCCAUGCGUCGUGCGUAACUUCUGCAGUGCGUUCACAAGGCCAGGUACUUACCUCAGUGGAAACGACAGAGAGGAAGAGAGACAUGGAAUGGAGAGGGACAGGGAGGUUAGGGCUGGAGGACGAAGGCCCAAACCUGACUGAGUUUGUGUGAGGGUCUGUUUGACUGACAGCUGUCUGGAACCCCAGAGCAGCACAGAGAGAGAGGCUUUGUAUUUUUUUUAAUUGAACCUUUAUUUAACUCGGCAAGUCAGUUAAGAACAAAUUCUUAUUUACAAUGAGGGUCUAGCCCGGGUCAAACCCUAACCCUGAUGACACUGGGCCGGUUGUGAUACAGCCUGGAAUCGAACCAGGGUCUGUAGUGACGCCUCUAGCACUGAGAUGCAGUGCUAUAGACCGCUGCGCCACUCGGGGGAGUGGCAGGGGAGUCAGGUUGUAGUAUCGGGGUACCAGCCAGGUUGUAGUAUCGGGUUACCAGCCAGGUUGUAGUAUCAGGGUACCAGCCAGGUUGUAGUAUCAGGGUACCUGCCAGGUUGUAAUAUCGGGGUACCAGCCAGGUUGUAGUAUCGGGGUACCAGCCAGGUUGUAGUAUCGGGUUACCAGCCAGGUUGUAGUAUCGGGUUACCAGCCAGGUUGUAGUAUCAGGGUACCUGCCAGGUUGUAGUAUCAGGGUACCAGCCAGGUUGUAGUAUCAGGGUACCAGCCAGGUUGUAGUAUCAGGGUACCUGCCAGGUUGUAGUAUCAGGGUACCAGCCAGGUUGUAGUAUCAGGGUACCAGCCAGGUUGUAGUAUCAGGGUACCAGCCAGGUUGUAGUAUCAGGGUACCUGCCAGGUUGUAGUAUCGGGGUACCAGCCAGGUUGUAGUAUCGGGAUACCAGCCAGGUACCUUCAUCUACCAACCCUCCUCCAGGUCCCCGUGACCCCGAGCCACAUUCUCAGCCUCUGAUGACCCGGAAGUGGUCCGUUUCAGUUCCUGUAAAACCAUGAAGUGAUUUUCAUCCCAGUUGCCCAGCAGCUUGUGUUGACUGAGAGUCUUUCCCGAGGCUGAGAGUCUUUCCCGAGGCUGAGAGUCUUUCCCGAGGCUGAGAGUCUUUCCCGAGGCUGAGAGUCUUUCCCAAGGCUGAGAGUCUUUCCCGAGGCUGAGAGUCUUUCCCGAGGCUGAGAGUCUUUCCCGAGGCUGAGAGUCUUUCCCAAGGCUGAGAGUCUUUCCCGAGGCUGAGAGUCUUUCCCGAGGCUGAGAGUCUUUCCCAAGGCUUCUGUAAAGGAACAGCUUUAAAGAAAAAAAAACAAAUGAAAAAACACUUGAUCUUUUUUUAGCAUUGUGUGGGGGGAGUGUGUUGUUUCUGAGUUGGUUGGUGUAUCCAUUGGGAGUGUGUGAUGUUUAUGCUCUACAGAAGAGCGUUUCUGUCAGCAGAGGUUCUCACUCACCUACCCUUUUAGUUCGUUGUUUUUAAUCGUUUCAAAAUAUUAUAAUAAGAUCGAACGUUAGUUUUAGGUCAUUGUAUAUUUUGUGUGUUUUGUUUGCCUUUGUUUUUAUCACCACCUCUGGGUAACUCGUUCAGCUUCUAUAAAUUAUAUAUCUAUGUGCGUUCUAAGUGCGGGAACUUUGUGCUGAUCUGUUUCUUUAUGAGUGGCUAAGACCCGGGCUGUGUCCCAAAAUGGUCAAAAGUUGUGUACUAAGCCUAUAAGGAACAGGGUGCCAAUAGGGUGCCAACAGGGUGCCCUACACUGAUCAGACAAUUAACAAUGGAAUGAGCUUUUGUAGCACCACAGUGUGCACACGUUAACAAGCGGGUUAUGACACGUGUGUGUUUACCACAAACGUGCGUGUCAGAGUACACACUAUUCUGCACUGCGUCAGACAGACGGCGGAGUCCUUUCACAACCAUGAAAUGUCCCACACAAUAUAAACAAAGAUGACAUCAGUGAACGACGUACCAGACGUAAUAUGUUUGAUCCGCAGGCUAUAAUGGUUAACUAUGCAUGCUGACGUUAGACGUGUUACCAGUUCUAAUCUGUCCUCUAGACGGCACAAGGUAGUUGGUUUAUUAUCCGUCUUAUGACAGUAACACACACCGUUGAGGAAUUUCACAAAGCAUUUUAAACAUCACUCUUGUAAGCUCAGGUCUAUGAACAACUAUAGAUAGAUUUGGUAUAAAUGAGUUGAUACUCUCAAAUCAUUUGAUCUUUACCUUUUGUGUGUUGUGUAUUUGCCAAAACCAUAGCUAGUUAACUUGUUGAUCCCACUCGUUUAGGAAUCUUUUGAGUGGGUCCCAAUGAUCUCUCCUUUCUCCCAAAGUGUGCACUUGUUCCCUUUUUGUGGGAGGGAUUGGUGAUCGAGUGCGCACUUCAGGAGGAAGGCGAGAUUCCCGGGACGCUCCCUCCAUCUACUCUCACUGUUCUGUCUAUAUGCUGGAGCCGACCCCAGGCCUGCAUGUACUAUCCCAUCACAAGGCUUUUUCAUUCUUUUCCAUGAGUUGUUUGAUUAAAUGAUUUGUUUUGAUUCAAA